AUGCCUUCUUUGAAAGCCCAGAUCAGUCGCCUUCACUGGGAGGAAAACCCCUUUGGGCUUGAGCCGCGGUGGAAAGUUGAGCCAGAUAUCGAAAAGAGCAAGUCAACACUGCAGUCUCUUUGGCCCUCUAGUACUGUCCAAGUCGCGUUCUUUGCUCAAGGCGCCUUCAACAAGCUCUAUCAAGUCAUGAUCCAAGAUCAGCCACCCCUUAUGCUUCGAAUCUCGCUGCCUGUCGAUCCUCGGUACAAGACGCUAAGCGAAGUCGCCACAAUCAGAUGGGUUAAUGCGGUUACAACCAUCCCACUCCCCCAGGUCAUCACCUACAACUCUUCUCUCGACUCAGCUCUUGGAUUUGAAUGGAUCCUCAUGACUAGACUUGGCGGGACUUCUCUGUCUGAUGCCUGGACACGCAUUGAUUUCUCAACAAGGUCUGCCCUCGUCCGCCAAUUUGCCUUCUUCGCAGCCUCUCUAUUCCGAAACCAGCUGUCUGGCAUCGGUAACAUUUACCCUGCUUCUCUCCCGACACUCACUCCUAUAACUGGGCGCAUUGUCUCGAUGCCCUUCUUCUGGGGCGACCGCAUCAAUCUCGACAUGGAUCGUGGUCCCUUUCGCCACAGCCGAGACUGGAUUGCGGCCCGUCUGCAGCUCGCAGAAAGUGACUGUCUCGCUGUGUUGCGCAAAUAUCCAGCGAGUGCCGAGCUCGAUAGCGAUGCCGAAGACGAUAGGGAGGAUGCUACUCGAACUGCCAGUAUCAUCGCAAAGCUACAACAACUGAUCGACCGCGUCUUUCCGGAAACAACAAUGGCAGAAGAUCCCACGGUACUCUCUCACACUGACCUAUCUCGAAGCAAUAUCCUUGUCGACGAUGUCGGAAAGCUCACUGGUGUUGUGGAUUGGGAAUGUGUCUCAGCUCUGCCUCUGUGGAAGGCUUGCUCUUACCCCUCGUUUCUGGAAGGCCGACCUCGACCCGACAAGCCUGACGCAACACGAUACGUACAUGACCUGGACCAAGUUCCCUCUCGCCUCUACAUGGAGAACUUGUUGGAGUACGAGCUUACUCUCUUGAGGCCGUUAUUCUUGGAAGAGAUGGAAAGGGUGGAGCCGAGAUGGAUAACAGUUUUCAAUGCGAGCCAACUCCAGAGGGAUUUUGAUCUUGCCGUCGAGAACUGCGAUAGUGAGUUUCUAGCACGGGACAUUCUGAGAUGGGCAGAUAGUGUUGCAGGAGGUAUCGGGAGUGUGGGUAGUUUGAGAGAGAUGAGAGAUGGUGUGUAA